AUGCCGACUAAGCUUGGCUUGCUUGCGCUCCUGCCUACCUUUUUCCUAAAAGGAUACUCAACGCCCGUGACCUCUGCGUCUGCUCCUAUCGUUGACCUUGGUUAUGCGCAGUAUCAAGGGUCUGUAAACACAACAACGGAUAUCACGAGCUUCUUGGGCAUUCGAUAUGCGAAUGCUCCACUUGGUGAUCUGCGUUUCGAAGCGCCUCAAGCGCCUCUUACCGUCCCUGGAGUACAACAAGCUACUACUGAGCCCAACGAGUGUAUACAAGGGAAUGGUGGUGAUGCAUCCACAAAUCCUCUGGCAACCAUGAGCAAGCGAGCUAUCUCUCAGUCUGAAGAUUGUUUGUUCUUAAACGUAUACCUCCCUGGUAGUUUACCAACUGAAUCUUCUGGAACCGGCGAUUUGCCUGUCGUGGUGUGGAUCCACGGAGGAGGUUAUGCCGGUGGUGCUGCCAGCGCUUAUGAUGGGGCAGACCUCAUUCUUGAUGCGGACAAAGGUGUAAUGGUGGUGCUCAUUCAAUAUCGCCUUGGAUUGUUUGGUUUCUUAUCCGGUACUGCCGCACAGCAGAAUGGCGCUUUGAAUGCUGGUCUUUUGGACCAAUACUUUGCGCUCCAAUGGGUCCAAGAACAUAUAAGCAGCUUUGGCGGAGAUCCCAAUAGGGUCACGAUCUGGGGUCAGUCAGCCGGAGCGGGAUCAGUUCUUCAACAAGUUGUUGCGAAUGGAGGAAAUAACCAACCUCCCUUGUUUAGGGCAGCUAUGACGAGCUCGACUUUUCUACCUUCACAGUUCUCCUACGACGAUCCACUUGUUGAGGAUGUAUAUAGCGAAGUCAUCUCGCAAGCAAAUUGUACUUCCAGUACUGACACAAUGUCAUGUUUGCGUGGUACCGACGUGAAUACUCUGACCACUAUUAACAAUAACAUUGGAUCGGAUGCAUUUUAUGGGACUUAUGCAUUCGUUCCGGUUGUCGACGGUACAUUCAUUGUGGAAAGGCCAUCUGUAACACUUGGCAAAGGCCUUGCGAAUGGGGAAGUACUCUUUUCUGUGACCAAUACCUUCGAAGGCAGAAACUUUGUAGACAGCGGGCUGACUAUGGAUGUCACCGAUUAUCUGGCUCAGCUAUUCCCUCGCUUGAAUGCUGAACAAAUAGAAGAAGCUGCAUAUUUAUACUCCUAUCUUGAAACAUCACUCGACCAAGCCAUCGGAGUGAUGGGUGAAUCUGUAUUUAUUUGUCCAACGUACCUCCUUCAAGAAACGUUUGCGGGUCGUGGCUGGAAAGCUGAGUUUGCCAUACCGCCGGGUAAUCAUGCGGAGGAUAUACCUUACUACUUCACCUCCUAUCCUCCCGGUCCAACUUACGACAACACGCAGUUCAUAACCUCGUUCUCUCAGUCAUUUAUGUCGAUUGUUAGAGACCUCAACCCUAACGCUAAGUUCGACCCGAGUAAUACCACUCCUCCGUGGAGCACAUAUGAACAAGGGAAUACGCAAAUGUUGUUUAACGUGACUGAAACAGGUGCUACGGACAUACACGCGUUUACUACCGAUGAAGCUCUAUUGGAACGAUGCGCAAAUUCUGCACGAGCAAGUGCCAGUGGUGCAAUGCAAGUGAAAUCUAGCUCGGGAAACUCCAAGCAGAGGUCUUGUCGUGACUUGCAUGCCCACUGCGACUUCAACCAUAGACCCGGAGUCGAGGAGCCCAGAAUAAUCGAACGAGGCAAGCUUGGCUUCUCCCAUCGACUCGGAGUCCUCGAACUAUAUGUAUACGAUGGAUAUUCGACGCCCGUGGCUUCUGCGUCUGGGCCUACCGUAGACCUGGGUUAUGCACAAUACCAAGGAUCAGUAAACACCACUACUGAUAUCACAAGUUUCCUAGGCAUCCGGUAUGCGGCCGCUCCAUUUGGUGAUCUGCGUUUCGAAGCUCCCCAAUCUCCGCCAAUCGUGUCUGGAGUACAGCAAGCCAUUGCUGAACCCAACGAGUGCAUUCAAGGGCCUAAUAGCGUCGGAUCUACAAAUCCUUUGGCAAAUAUAAGCAAACGCGAGGUAUCUCAAUCCGAGGAUUGUUUGUUUUUGAAUGUAUACCUCCCAGGAUCUUUACCAGCCCAACCCAUAGGUGAUUUGCCUGUUAUAGUAUGGAUUCACGGAGGAGGUUAUAUUCAAGGCGCUGCAAGCGCUUUUGAUGGAGCAGAUAUCAUCCGCGAUGCAGACUAUGGUGUGGUGGUGGUACUCAUUCAGUAUCGCCUCGGAUUGUUUGGAUUCCUAUCUGGCACUGCGGUGAAGGAGAACGGUGCUUUAAAUGCUGGACUUCUGGACCAGACCUUCGCACUCCAAUGGGUGCAGGAUCAUAUCAGCGGUUUCGGUGGAGACCCCGAGAGGGUAACGAUCUGGGGAGAGUCAGCUGGUGCGGGAUCCGUCUAUCAGCAUAUCGUUGCAAAUCAAGGAAAUACGCAGCCUCCGUUGUUCAGAGCAGCCAUGACAAGUUCUACCUUUAUGCCUUCGCAGUUCUACUACAACGACCCAUAUGUUGAAGAUAUAUAUAACGAAGUUGUCUCGCAAGCAAACUGUUCUUCCAGUGCCAACCAGUUAUCCUGUUUGCGUAAUGCUAGUACAGACACUCUCAUAACUGUCAACAACAAUGUUGCAGCAGAUGCAUUUUACGGCACUUAUGUUCUCGCUCCAGUCGUGGACGGUACCUUUAUUGUAGAAAGGCCGACCGUAACACUUGGUAAAGGACUUAAAAACGGGGACGUGUUGUUUUCAGUGACAAACACUUUUGAAGGUAGAGAGUUUGUGGACAGCGGACUGACCAUGAAUAUUACAGAAUACUUGGCUCAAUUAUAUCCCCGCCUGAAUGCGGAACAAAUCGCAGAGGCUGCAUAUUUGUACUCGUACUUAGAAACUUCCCUGGACCAGGCCAUCGGAGUGAUGGGUGAAACAAUUAUUAUUUGUCCUACGUAUUUCCUUCAAGAAGCAUUUGCAGGGCAGGGUUGGAAGGGUGAGUUUGCCUUACCGCCAGGUAACCAUGGACAAGAUAUACCUUAUUACUUUACCUCUUAUCCUCCUGGUCCGUCUUAUGACAACACACAAUUCAUAACAUCGUUCUCUCAGUCGUUCAUGUCGAUUGUAAGAGACCUCAAUCCCAACGCAAAAUUUGACCCGAGCAAUACUACACCUCCUUGGACCAUGUGGAACCAAGGGAACAGUGAAAUGUUGUUCAAUGUGACUGAAACAGGCACCCCGGAGAUACGCACAUACACAACCGAUGAAGCUCUCCUGGAACGUUGCGCAUACUGGCGGAGUGUCUCUGAAUAUAUAGGGCAAUAGAUAGGACACAGGACACUCACCGGAGCCAAGAGCUGUGGUUUGGGGCUCAGGAAUAAUCCUAUAGUUACUCAUACAACUAAAUGCAUUUUACGAGCUUCAAGGAUCA